AGUGUACUUGGAAAGUAAUCGUUUUUUAAAAUGGAGUUCACGAGAUUUAAAAGACCAUGUAUUAAAUGAAUCCGGAGUAGAUUACAGUGAUGAAGAAAUUUCGAAAGCUACUUGCCGAGAACUAAGAUGCAAGAUGAAUGACUGUAACUUAUAUAGAGCCGCUACACAAAAGGCUGCUACUCUUCUAAAUGAGUUUGGGGAUGUGUCCGAUGACGCUGAU